AUGGCCUUGACGGAGGCAGAGACGGAAAGGAAAAGGCUGCAAGCGGAGGCAGUGCUUCUGCAAGACCAGGUGGCCAAACAUAACGACCUGAGGUCCAGACAUGACGCCCUGAGUGCCGAACAUGAUGACUUGCUUUCCAAGAAUGACGAUCUACAAAAGAGAAUCGCCGACGUUGAGGAAUGGGAAACCUCGGCGACGAAUGCAGCCAGUGCGGAGAGAGAAAAAAGCGCAGAACUUCAGCAACAGAAAGAUAGCUUAGACGAAGAAUUGCGAAAUGCAAGGCAAAGAGUCCAAAGGUUGACCGAAGAGAAGGCGGGCCUUGCGCAAGACAAGGAAAUGGCCAGUUUGCUUGCAAGCAACCUCAAUCUACUUGGAGCACAGAUCGCCCACCUGCAGCAGAUCGCCGAGACCCUCAGCAAUCGACAGAUUUCAAUAGUUGAGGACAAGGCCGGACUUCCAGCCCAGGCCAAUGAGGCGUCAUCGGCGUUUGCGACCUCGAGUCUUCAGUGUAUGAACGAAAGCCUCGAGCGAUCGGCAGUGCCGGAUGAAAAAGCUUGCCACGAAGCGAAGAUACUGCCAAUCCUGUUGGGAAUCCAGGACAGCACGAGCUCAAAUCAAGAGCGGCUGCAAGAACUUGCCUCUACUCUGGACCGAAGAAUCCAAGAUGACUUUGCCAACAACCUUUGCCAGCGUGUCGGCUCGAUCUUCGAAUGCCGUCUUGGAUCACUCGAGUCUAAGAUGCAUGAGACGAAGGAUCACACUCAGGUACUGAACGCAUUGAACAACCUCGAAGGCAAGCUCGAUAGCCUAUAUUCCAUGUCGAUAGUGGAGAGAGUCGAGGCUUUGGAGAAACAAGUGUCAAGUCUUGGGGAAAAGUCGGCUCAGCGAGCCGACAUGGAGGCCCCCCGCCCACCAUUUGAUUCUGAAGCCUGCCUUUGGGUCAGUAUCCCUUGGAGCGACAUGCCGACCAUGGAAAAGAUCUUUGCCCAGUGUCAGCAGUGCGCGGCAGGUGACAUCGCAUCCCCCGUCAUCGCGGAGACCGUAGAGAUCCCCAGCCCAGAACUCCGACCCAGUGCGCCCCAAUGCGAAGUGUCCGGCAGAGCAGCUCAGCUUUUUUGGCUACCACGUGGGAAAGUCGCUGUCAAGGAUGAUGGUCAUUGGAAUGAGUUGGGCCUGGAGUACCCCGGAAAGGUCAUUCAGCUGAUUCACAAAGCUCUAGCUUUGUGA